AUGUCUUUAAAUUUGGUUCCGAACGAAAAAUCAAAAUACGAAGUGGUGAAAAUUUUGGGAACACAAAUUGAUCAUUCACAAAAUUGUUUAAAAGUUCUCAAGCUUGUUCGAGUUAAGAAACAACCUAAAAUCAACAUGCCAGCGUUCAUUAACCUUGACGAAGACGAUGAGGAAAAAGUCAUCGAAAUAGACGACAGUGACAACGACCUGGCUUCUUUAAGCUAUGAUAAUUUAGUACAAAACAACACAUCAGAUGAGUCAAAAUUAAUCAUUUCAUCAGUGACUUCAGCUCAAUUUACAAAAUCACCAAAUCCAAAAGAAUCUCAAACAAAAAUGGAACUUAAGCCAUUGCCUGCUGUAAUUUCAAUUACAACAGAUGAUGUCAACAACACAAAUAUUUAUGAAGAGCUUGAAAAAGUUCAAAAAUCUUUAUCCAAAAAUUCAAGUUGCCAAGAAAAAGAGGCUGAAUCAUUAAAAGGACAAAAAAUCGAAGUCAAUCCACUGACAGCAGAAAAAGCUUUAAGAGAAGCUGGUCAAUUAAGUAACAGAACAAAAAGAAUCAAGAAAGUUCCACAAAAGCUCUUAGGUUUUGAAAAUUACAAACCAUUGGUGAUCAAACUUAGACUUUCUGAAACUCAAGAUUCAACAAAACAUUCGACGAAGAGAAAACAAUAUGAAAUUAUUGCACCUGAGAAACCUCAAAAAAUUCAAAGAAAAAGUGGAAAAUUAACAGGAACCAUGCUUGAAAAAGCACCAGUAAGCUCAAAUGCCAAUGAAGAUGAUAAUAAGAUCAAGGAUAAUAAAUCGCAUGAUAUAAACUUUCAACCAGGAAGUUUAACGUAUAAAGUUCAUAAAAAGCUUUUUAAGCUAGACAAAAUUGAUGCUUCAAAGUAUGAAAUCGUAAAAGAAUCUGAUUUAAAAUCAUAUCGAGAUCAAGAACGUUUAAAAAAAUCAUCAGCAGCAAAUCAAGCUGAGAAAAGUCCAAUUCAAGAGCCAACUGUUCAUCAUAAUUCCAGUCAAUUAAGCAAAAUAAGCCCAAGUCAAAUGGUCACCGAAAAGCAAAAUUUCAUCAGCAAACUUAACUUGCAAAUGUCAAAACUAAGUGAAAACAAACUUGAAGCUGACAAUAGUUUUCUAUUUCCUCCAACUCCGCCGGCUACACCUGAAGAUUCAAGAAUAUCACAUAAACUGCCAUCACCACCUGGAAGUUACUUAAUGAAACUUAAGUGCCAUAAAACCUGUUCAAACAUCAAAGCACAUAACAAAAAGCAUAAAGUUGACUUUUCAUCAUCAUUAGGACUACUUCUUACAAAAAGAGACGUCAUUGAUGAAACAUACAUUAAAGAUUCACUAAAAAGAAUGGAAGAAUUCACAAAAACUCCAAUUUUUGACAAAACAGCCAACGCAUUCAUUGACCCACAUCAUAAUUCUAAGACAAUCAGACCAUUGAAAGUUAAAGUCGGUAGAAAAUCGGAAGUAAGCAACGUUUUAGCAGAAAUGAGAGAAGCAGGAAUCGACAGAAACUUCAUGAUAAGAGGAUAA